CUGCUCUUCAGCCGCUGUGCACUGAGUCCAGAGGCAACGCUGGGAGAGUCCCCUCGACGCUCGGUCCCGAAAACGUGAUCAGGACCACCGGCUCAAAGCAGAGGCAGCUGCGUAGUCUAGCGGAAGCUGGUGGUACGGGAGUGCGGCCGAAGUCUGAGCUCUGCAGGCGGGAAGCACCCGGGAUAGGGGAAGCCCCAGGAGCAGCGGAGCUGCGCCUCCCUUACCCGAGGGGCCGCGGCGACGGUCACGGGGCGCGGCGCCACAGCGCGCGACCCAGGCCGGUAUUGCAAACAGGCUGCCCAGGCUCCUCCUCCACCCGGGCCGCCUACCUGCGGACAGCGCUACGCCGCCUCUGCCGGUGUUGGAGGCACCUGCGCCGCCUUGCUCUCCGGUCUCCGCCCCUCGCCCCUCAGCGCCAGGCCCGGGCGGCGCACCUGGACGCGCUGGGCUGCGGGAGCCAGGGUUCGGGGCGCGCGGCGUCCUCGCGAGGACGCAGGUGGAGCUGACGCGACUUCGUGGAAUCCGGCGCCGGCCGCUGCAGUCGUCCGGGUCGCUCCAGGUCCCGGGAACCUGGCCGUCUGCGCCCGCUCCUGGGGAGGAGCCGCCGCCGGCUGGGCACCAUGAACAGCAGCAGCUCUCACAUCACCUACGCCAGUCGCAAGCGGCGGAAGCCGGUGCAGAAAACUGUCAAGCCAAUCCCACCUGAAGGAAUCAAGUCCAAUCCUUCCAAGCGACAUAGAGACCGGCUUAAUACAGAGUUGGACCGUUUGGCUAGCCUGCUGCCUUUUCCACAAGAUGUUAUUAAUAAGCUGGACAAACUUUCAGUUCUCAGGCUCAGUGUCAGUUACCUAAGAGCCAAGAGCUUCUUUGAUGUUGCAUUACAGGCCUCCCCAGCUGACAGAAAUGGAAUUCAGGAAAACUGUAGAACAAAAUUCAGAGAAGGCCUGAGUCUGCAAGAAGGAGAAUUCUUAUUACAGGCUCUGAAUGGCUUCGUGCUGGUUGUCACUACAGAUGCUUUGGUCUUUUAUGCUUCUUCUACUAUACAAGAUUACUUAGGGUUCCAGCAGUCUGAUGUCAUACACCAGAGUGUGUAUGAACUUAUUCACACUGAAGAUCGACCUGAAUUUCAGCGUCAGCUGCACUGGACAUUAAACCCUACGCAGUGUGCAGACUCUGGACAAAGAAUUGAUGAAGCUAAUGGCCUCCCGCAGCCAGCAGUCUGUUAUAACCCAGACCAGCUUCCUCCAGAAAACUCUUCCUUUAUGGAGAGGAGCUUCGUGUGCCGACUAAGGUGUCUCCUGGAUAAUUCAUCUGGUUUCCUGGCAAUGAAUUUCCAGGGGAGGUUAAAGUAUCUUCAUGGACAGAACAAGAAAGGCAAAGAUGGGUCAAUCCUUCCACCUCAGUUGGCUUUGUUUGCAAUAGCUACUCCACUGCAGCCACCCUCCAUACUUGAAAUUCGAACCAAAAACUUCAUCUUUAGAACCAAACACAAAUUGGACUUUACACCUACUGGUUGUGAUGCCAAAGGAAGACUUGUUUUAGGCUACACUGAAGCAGAGUUGUGCAUGAGAGGAUCAGGAUAUCAAUUUAUUCAUGCUGCUGAUAUGCUUUAUUGUGCAGAGUACCAUAUCCGGAUGAUUAAGACUGGAGAAAGUGGCAUGAUAGUAUUCAGGCUUCUCACCAAAGACAAUCGAUGGACCUGGGUUCAGUCUAAUGCACGCUUAGUGUAUAAAAAUGGAAGACCAGAUUAUAUCAUUGCAACUCAGAGACCACUGACAGAUGAAGAAGGAACAGACCAUUUACGAAAACGAACUAUGAAGUUGCCUUUUAUGUUUACUUCUGGAGAAGCUGUGUUAUACCAGGUAAACAACCCUUUUCCUCCCAUGAUGGAUCCCUUACCAGUGAGGACUAAAACUACUGCUUGUGGAAGAGAGGCUGCUACCACGUCAACUCUAAAUAAGGAAUCUUUCAAUCCCAAUUCCCUCCUGGGUGCCAUGAUGCAACAAGAUGAGUCUAUUUAUCUCUAUCCUGCUUCCAGUAACACAGCUUUUGAAAGAAAUCUUUUUAACGAACCUAUGAAUGAAUGCAGUAAUUGGCAAGACAGUAUGGCACCAGUGGGAAAUAACAGUAUGCUGAAACACGAGCAAAUAGGUCAGUCUCAGGACACGAACCCAGCAAUCUCUGGAGGUCAAUCAGGGCCCUUUGCAGACAACAGAAAUGGUGACUUGUACAGCAUUAUGAAACACCUAGGCAUUGAUUUUGAAGAUAUCAAAGACAUGCAACAGAACGAGGAAUUUUUCAGAACUGACUUUUCUGGUGAGGAUGACUUCAGAGAUAUUGACCUCACAGAUGAAAUCCUGACAUAUGUCCAAGAUUCUUUAAGAAAGCCUGCCUUCCAGUGCCCCGGUUACCAGCAGCAACAGGCCAUGGCUGUGAACUCAAGUUGUAUGGUACAGGAGCACCUGCAGCUAGAACAGCAGCAGCAGCGGCUGCAGCACCAGCAAAACCUCGUAGCAUCGGAGCAGCAGCAACAACUGUGUCAGAAAAUGCAGCAUAUGCAAGUUAAUGGCAUGUUUGCCAAUUGGAGCGCUAACCAGUCUGUGCCUUUUGGUUGUCCGCAGCAAGAGCUACAGCAGUAUAAUGUCCUUUCAGACUUACCUGGGACCAGUCAAGAGUGUCCCUACAAAUCUGAGACGGAUGCUAUGCCUUAUACACACAACUUUAUCCCCUGUGAUCAGUCUGUGCUACCACAGCAUUCCCAGGGGUCACAGUUAGACUUUCCCUUAGGGACCUUCGAACCAUCCCCGUACCCUACUACUUCUAAUUUAGAAGAUUUCUUCACGUGUUUACAAGCUCCUGAGAACCAAACACACGGACUUACUCCAGAGCUGCCCAUAGUAACUCCUCAGACGUGUUAUGCCGGGGCUGUGUCCAUGUACCAGUGCCAGCCGGAACCUCCGCACGGCCACGAGGCCCAGAUGCAGUACAAUCCAACCAUGCCGGACCCACAGGCAUUUUUAAACAAGUUUCAGAAUGGAGGAGUUUUAACUGAAACCUAUCCAGCUGAAUUAAAUAAUAUAAAUAGCACUCAGACUCCCACACACCUUCAGCCCCUUCAUCACACGUCAGAAGCCAGACCUUUCCCCGAUUUGACAUCCAGUGGAUUCCUGUAAUGCCGAGCCCAUUUGCACCAUGGAUGAAACAAGAUUACAGAAUAAUAGAACUAUCAGUGUUGGACAUCAGCAACUUUACAUGGAGGCAUUGAUGUAUGUUGUUCGCACUAUUAUUCCAAACCAAAUUUUAAUGUUUUUAAGAGUUAAAAAAAAUUACCAAAACUACAUAUACUAUAGUCAUUAAAAAAGAAAGUGUACUGCCAGAGAGAGGGAGAUGCUAUCUUUGUUUCACUUUAUAGUCUGAGUACUAGAGAAUAUACAAAAUUUA